GGGAUAGCGGCGGGCGGGUGGUUGGGUUUGAAUUAGGGAACUGGCGGGAAUUGUAACCAGGACCCGAGUGUUAUCAUUUACCGGGAACGGAAUAACCGUUGAAGAUGUCAAAGCGUGAGGCGUUUCUGCAAGCCACGGCCAAGGAUUCCGUCGAAGCGUUCUUAAACUUCAUUCAACUUCAUAAAGACGCGUCUGAUCCUUUUGAUUUGGGUGAAUUACUGCAAGAGUUGCCAAGGAAACAAAAGGAAGAAUUAUGGGAGAAGCUAAAGACUUUGCUGACAGAGACCUUGGUGGCAAAUCCGGUGGAAGGAUGGCAGAAAAUAGACGAUGACAGCGAUGAUGAUAUGGAAGUAGAAAGCACAUCAGAUGUGAAACACGCGAUGUCUGUAAUUCAUGGCGUGGCAGUAGUUGCCGCAGCCUCUGUGUGUGUAGUAGAUGAAGAUGUCGGCUAUGGAGCUCUCCUAGAAUGUGCAGCUAUACUUAACGGUAUUUUACAAGCUGUGCCAAAAUCUGAAAAUGCUGCGCGUCUUGCCAUUCAGCACCUAUGUGAGGCUUGGUGGGAGAAAGGGUUGGAAGGGAAAGAAGAAUUUGGCAAAAGUGCGUUUCUCUUGCUCCUAACAAAAUCACUUGGCGCAAAGUGCGUGGUGGCUGACAUUGCUCGCUUGUGGCAUCUGCACCCGUCCCUCCUCAGCUUCGAUUACAACUUGGCAGAGAGUAAUGACGUGAAGGAUUUGUUACUCCAGUGUUUCAUGAGCAUCAAUCAUAUUAAAAAAGAAGAGGGCAGAAGAUUUCUCAGCUUUCUUUUCAGCUGGGACGUCGGUUUCAUUAAAAUGAUCCAUGGCACCGUUAAAAACCAGAUGCAGUGUUUACCAAAAUCCCUCAUGUCGCACAUUGCAGAAAUUUACUUCAGAGCCUGGAACAAGGCAUCCGGAGAUAUUUUACAGACAAUUGAAUACGGCUGCAUUCAGGACUUCAUGCAUCACGGAGUUUAUCUGCCACGGAAAUCUGCAGUGCAUCCCAAAGUGCGAGAGGUGCUGAGUUACUUCCACAAGCAGAAGCUGCGGCAGGGCGUGGAGGAGAUGCUCUGCAGACUCUACCAGCCUAUCCUCUGGCGUGGUCUAAAGGCCAGAAACUCAGAAGUUCGGUCCAACUCUGCCUUGUUGUUCAUCGAAGCGUUUCCAGUCCGGGAUCCAAACUUAAACCAUGAAGACGUGGACAAUGAGAUCCAGAAGCAGUUUGAGGAACUUUUUGGUCUUUUAGAGGACCCUCAGGCACUUGUGCGCUCCACGGGAGUCCUAGGCGUCUGUAGAAUAACAACCAAGUACUGGGAGAUGAUUCCACCAUCCAUCCUGACUGAUCUUUUGAAAAAGAUACUCUGCGAUCUGGCCUCUGAUGUCAGCUCCGCUGAUGUGCGCUGCUCGGUUUUUAAGUGCUUGCCGAUACUUCUGGACAACAAGUUAAGUCACCCGUUACUGGAGCAGAUGCUGCCGGCUUUGAAGAACAGUCUCCACGACAAUUCGGAGAAAGUGCGAGUGGCUUUUGUUGACAUGCUGCUUAAAGUCAAGGCUGUCCGGGCUGCUAAGUUCUGGAAGAUUUGUCCCAUGGAGCACCUUUUGGCUCGCCUGGAAGUAGACUCGCGUCCAGUUUCACGUCGGAUUGUAAAUCUUCUGUUUAACUCCUUCUUUCCCGUUAAUCAGCAAGAAGAAGUGUGGUGUGAGAGAUGUGUCGCUUUGAUCCAAAUGAACCCUGCAGCCGCGCGCAGGUUUUAUCAGUAUGCUUUUGAGCACACGGCCCCCACCAAUAUUGCGAAGUUGAUGCUUACUAUACGGCGGUGUUUGAACGCCUGUGUUCAGCGUAGCGCUCGAGAUGAGGACGACGAAGAUGACGAUGAAGAUGGGAGUGAGAAGGAGAACAAAAGUGUGUUGGUCAAUGUGUUGUCUACAGAAGACUCUGCCUCUAUGGCCAGUUUACUGGAAAUUGUUGUGAUUCUUUGGAGAAGUAUCCGAAAAGCUCUCGACCAAAAUGACGAGGCCAAAGAGUAUACCAUACGGAAGUUUGCCUCCGUGCUUCCUGAUUAUUUUAAAGUUUUUAAGGAUGAUCGCUGUGUUGUACCACUAAUCAUUUUGGCUUCCUUCAUGCCCCCAUCUGCUGUUCCAACAUUCAGCUGUUCUGUCUUGUCAAAGCUGAGAAACCUGGAGAGCGGGGCAGAUGAAAAGAGAUAUUCCACCCUUAUCGAUUGUUUGUGUCGCUGGGGGCAGGUGGGGCAUUUGCUGGAGCUCAUAACGGAAUGGCUUUCGGAGGCUUUGCCGGAAAAAAAGAGCAGGAAAGAUUCUGUGCGGCAAGUCCGUAUUCUGGACACAAGGGAAAGUAAACCAGACCUGGCCCUCGAUUACCUGGAGUAUAUAAUAACGCAUGCUGUGAAUCGGGAGCAUCUGCUUUCUCUUCAAACAAAGAAACUGAACCAACUCUUAAAAGUGCUGGGACUUGCAAAAGAGGUACUUUGCUCCUUUAUGAAGCCGUCUCAGACAGCGACACACAAGAUCGAUCAAGGAGCGGCUCUGAGGAUCUUCAGCCUUUACUGUCGGCUUAGUAUCCAUCUCCAGCACAAGUUUAACUCUGAAGGGAGGACGUAUUUAUCUGUUCUGGAAGAGACUGGAGAAUGGAUCGAGAACCAAAUUCUUGCACACCUCGAAAGUAAUCCAGACGUCUCAGAGGAACAAAGUGGGAUCUCCGAUCAAGUACUUAAGGCAUACCUAACGGUCUGUAAAGAUGUUCUAAUGGUUGGGCUCGGUGAUCUGGAGUUUCAAGCGCAGCUUCUUCAAAUUAUUUUCUCAAUACUGCAAAAAGACAGGUGUCCCGAAUGCAUGCCGCUACUCUUGACUAUAUUGAAAGAGCUAACAGAAGUUUGUUUGGCUCACAAGAUGAGUAAUAGCAGCGUGGACACAAGUGAAGUCCUAGACGCCGUUCAGAAGGUUUUCCACAAGGCUUUAGAGACCGUCGCUCGCCGGCUGAAGAAGCAGCACGACGAGGCUCUCCAGCUGCUCCAGUCCAUGCAAGCGCCCCUCGGGGAGUUUAUACACACAGUCCAGUGCUGGCACAGCGCAUGCGCGGAGAUUCACCAGGGAGUGCUCUCCACAAUCAUGGCCGCAGUGAUUGUUGAAAUAAGUCACGCUCUGCGCAAAAUUCCAGAUGCGAGUGAACUCACCACGCCGGAGUCCAUUUCAGAUCUUCCUCCUCUCUCAAGGUGUCUGAUGUCGAUUGUUGUGAAGUCGCCCGCUGUGUUGAGCUCCUUCUUGGUAGGACUAACCGACUGUAUCGCGUCCGAGGAAGUUGAAGGAAUCUUGGGCUUGACCGCCUCUUUGUACAUUGCUUUUGUUAGUCGUAAAGGUAAUAAAGUCUCAUCGGCUGUUAAAGAUAUAGCUGCAACUAUAUACAGAAAACUGAAGAAUUAUGGUGAAGUCGCCAUGGAAGAUAUUGGUAGCAGAGAAAGGGCUGCGUAUGAAUCAUCAAUGAAGAUUUUAGAUACCCUGCAGGUUCAAUAAGCUAAAAAAGACUAUUUUUAUAUAUAUUUCUGAAAAUGUACAGAUAUUGGAUUUUGUGUAAAAAUUAGUUACUUUUUAACAUUGUAUUGUUUAUAUCGCCUAUCAUCCCAAAGGCUAGCAAUAAUACAUUUUGUGCAUAAAACCAGAAUUCACUUUUUUUUUUUUUGUUAUCCAGUCCGGCAAAGCUUCUAUUAUUUGAUACAACUGGUGCAUGGUUUUUUGCAAUGUAUAUGUGUGUAAAAAAAAAAAA